AUGAAGCCAAGUGUGAAGGAGGCCGCUCGUGAGCUCAUCAGGUGUGUAAGUGCUACUAGUCAGAGUUUUGCAGAGAAAAGGCAGUUUCUAGUGUUGAUGGAUGAUGAUCUGUUUGAUCCCACAGUUAUGCUGGUGUUGGGUAUACAGGAAAUUUAUGCUGACCAGGAGACGAUUAGCAAGAUCUCAGCUGCUAGCCAGUUGAUGCAGUGCUCUGCUACAUUGGAUGUCCUUUUCCUCUUGGAUGGCUCCUACAGCAUUGGCAAAGGAAGCUUUGAAAGGUCUAAGCGCUUUGCAGGCAAGCUCUGUGGUGCCUUGGACAUCCAUCCAGACAGGGUCCGUGUGGGAAUGAUGCAGUUUAGCUCAACUCCCCACCUUGAAUUCCCACUAAAUUCAUAUCUAACCAAACAAGAAGUGAAAGAGAGAAUCAAGAGGACUGUGUUCAGAGGUGGAAGCACUGAGACAGGUCGGGCUCUGAAGUACAUUCUCCGCAAGGGAUUCCCUGGUGGCAGAAACUCAAGUGUCGCUCAAGUCCUGAUCAUAAUUUCGGAUGGGAGGUCCCAGGGCAGCACCACAAUGCCUGCAAUGCAGCUGAAGAACAGACACAUCACUGUUUUUGCAGUGGGAAUCAGGUUUCCAAGGUGGGAGGAGCUGCAGGUUCUGGCCAGUGACCCCACCGAGCAGCACGUGCUCUUCGCUGGAGAUGCCGAGGAUGCUGCCAACGGCCUGUACAGCACCCUCAGCAGCUCCAUCUGCAGCACCACCACCCCAGGCUGCAAAGUUGAAUCUCACCCUUGUGAACGCAGGACCCUGGAGACUGUGAAGGAGCUGGCUGGAAACCAUGUGUGUUGGAAAGGCUCAAAGCAGCCAAAUGUGGUGCAUGCAUCACUCUGCCCUUUCUACAGAUGGAAAAGAGUCUUGAUAAAACACCCAUCCAGAUGCCUUCGAACUGUAUGCCCAGACCCUUGUGACUCCCAGCCAUGCCAGAAUGGGGGCACGUGUGUCCCAGAGGGACUGGACAAAUACCACUGCCUCUGCCCCCUGGGAUAUGGAGGAGACAUCCACUGUGCACCAAAGCUGAGCCUCGAGUGCAGUGUGGAUCUCCUUUUCCUGCUGGACAGCUCAGCUGGGGUUACACUGGAAGGGUUUCUCCGCUACAAAGCAUUCCUCAAGAGAUUCCUCCAAGCAGUGAUGGGCCAGGACUCACCAGUGAAUGUGGGGGUGGCCCAGUAUGAUAACAAUGUCAGGAUACCCAUUGGAGUGGGCCAACACAAGGAUGCAUUCAGUCUCAUGAAGAGCAUUGAUGCUUUGAAUUUCAGCGGAGGACGAACCCUGACAGGCAGAGCCCUGCAGUACAUUGCACAGCACGGUUUUAGGAGCACCCCAGUCUUUGCAGAUGUACAGGAUGACCUCCCACGUGUGGUUGUCUUGCUUACUGACUCCAAGUCUCAGGAUCCAGUGGCAGAAGCUGCUCAGUAUGCAAGGGAGCGAGACCUCUUCUUGAUUGGUGUAGGCAGCAGCUUCGUGAGAGCAGAGCUGACUGAGGUGACUGGCAAUCCAAAGCAGACAAUCGUCUACUCAGACCCCCAGGACCUGUUCAACAGGAUCCCAGAGCUGCAGAGAAGAAUCUGCAGUGUGGACAAUCCUGAAGGCUGCCACGCACAGUCUCUGGAUUUGGCAUUUGCGCUGGAUGCCUCGGAUGGAGUUGGCCUGGAAAACUUCCUGCGGCUGAGGGACUUUGUCAGGAGCAGCUUUUUGCACUUCAGCAUCAACAGGGAUGUUACCCAGGUUGCCCUGGUGGUCUUUGGCAGCAAAGCUCACACGGUGUUUGCGCUGGACACCCACACCAGCAAUGCAGCUCUCCUCCAGGCCACCCACCAGGUGCCAUUUCUGGGGGGCUCAGCCUCGGCUGGCAGUGCCUUGCUGCAUAUUUAUGGUGACGUGAUGACAGUGCAGAAAGGAGCAAGACCUGGUGUCAGCAAGGCAGUGGUGGUGCUGACAAAUGGAGGUGGCGUGGAGGAUGCAGCUGCUCCAGCUCAGCAGCUGAGGGACAAUGGCAUCUUGGUGUUUGUGGUUGUCAUUGGGGAGGCACGGAGGGACAUGCUGCUGGGGGUUGCUGGGUCUCCCAACUACCUGGUCCACAUCUCCUCCUAUGAAGACCUGCAGCAUUACCAAGACCUUGUCAUUGAAAGAAUCUGUGAAGAAGCAACAAGCCCUGUGAACCUCUGCAAACCCAACCCAUGCAUGAAUCAGGGCGUCUGCAUCCUUGGGCCUGGGAGCUACCGGUGUGAAUGCCAUGGCUGGGAAGGACCCCACUGUGAAAGCAGAGUUCUCCGGGGAGAUUCUCUGAGAUCACUGGUUCUUCCUCCACAGUCCCAGGUGCAGCGAAGUUCAGGUGGUUUGCAGCACUUCUCCAGAGCCUCCUGGUACACCAAAAGGCAACUGAAGCAGAGACACUGA